AUGUUGACUGAAGAACUAAGAGAGAGGCACAUGGGACAUCUCCAAGGUAUGAAGUGGGACGAUGCGUUUGUUCAAAACCCAGGGGCUUUCAAAGGUUUCAAUAUCUUUGAGCCUAAAGGGGGCUUGAAUUUCAACGACAGAGACCAAGAAAUCCCGCACUUCGGGAUCGCUGACAGCCUGAACCAGCUAACCCAGCAGUGUGUCACCUACGUGAACAAAAUCGCCCAGCAACACAUCGGGGAGCGGGUGAUCGUGGUCUCUCACGGCGCGGCGAUAGUGGAGCUCUGCCGGCACACCGAUCCCCCCGGCAGCUCGGUUCACCGGAACUUCCCCAACACCUCGCUCAACGUCUUCCAUGUCUCGGGUGUCACCAGGCAGUGGGCCCUAGCGAGGUUCAGCGACGUCGGCCACCUCGAUGGAAAGGGCGCUCUCGAGGAUGCCUUCGACGGCAACGGGGUGUCUGCCUAA